AACCAAACUCCCCCUCAAACCUCUCUCUCUCCCCUCCAGUCUCCACCUGCAAUCCGAGAGGAAGGAGCCGGUUCCAGUGAGAGGGGGAGAGGGGAGCGGAGAGGGAGUGGGAGAAGGGGGGAGGCUCCGGCAUCCGGCAUUGCGUGCCGGGCCCCGCCGAUUCGUGCGGCGGCGGCGGUGAUGGAUCAGGAGGAGGAGGACCGCGUGGCGGCGAGCCUGGCGGCGGCGCGGCGGACGCUGCGGGCGGGGGUGGAGAAGUCGCGGGCGCUGGGGCACGCGCUGGCGCGAGCGGGGCCCCGGCUGGAGGAGAUCCAGGUGGCGCUGCCGGCGCUGGAGGCGGCGGUGCGCCCGAUCCGCGCGCCGCGGGGGGAGCUCGCGGCCGCGGGGCCCCACAUCGACCGCGCCGUGGGCCCCGCCGCCGCGGUGCUCAAGGUGUUCGACGCCGUGCACGGGCUCGAGCCGCCGCUUCUGGCGCCCGGCGGCGCGCGCGGGGAGGACCUGCCCGGGUACCUCGCCGUCCUGGCGCAGCUCGAGGAGGCGCGCCGCUUCCUCGCCGGCAACUGCGGCCUCGCCGCGCAGUGGCUCGCCGACAUCGUCGAGUACCUCGGCGACCGCGACCUCGCCGACCCGCGCUUCCUCGCCGACCUCGGGGUCACGCUCGACGGGCUCAGGGCGCCCGACGGCGACCUCGACGGCGGGCUCCUCGCCGCCGCCCUCGAUAUCCUCGAGGCCGAGUUCCGCCGCCUCCUCGCCGACCACUCCGCGCCGCUCGCAAUGCCGAAGCCCGGGGCCGCAGUGGCGCCGGCCCGCGUGCCCGCCGCCGCCGUCCACAAGCUCAGUCUCAUCCUCGAUCGCCUCGUGGCCAACGGCAGGCAGGACCGCUGCGUGGCCGCUUACAUUGAUGCGCGAGGGAGCGUGGUGAGCGCGAGUCUAGGUGCUCUCGGCCUUGACUACUUGCGCGAUCCGGCGCAGGACGCGCAGGCGUUGGGACCUGCCCUUGAGAUGUGGGGGCGGCAUUUGGAGUUUGUGGUGCGCCGCCUCCUCGAGUCGGAGCGGCAGCUCUGUGCCAAGGUGUUUGGCCAGCACAAGGAUGCUGCAUCUGCGUGCUUCGCGGAGGUUGCAGCGCAGGCCGGCGUUCUUGAUUUCUUGAGGUUUGGCCGUGCAGUUGCCGAUGCCAAGAAGGACCCCAUCAAGCUCCAGCGGUUGCUGGAGGUGUUUGAUUCGUUGAAUAAGCUGCGGCUGGACUUCAAUAGGUUGUUCGGCGGUAAGGCGUGUGCAGAGAUUCAGAGCCAGACAAGGGACCUUGUGAAGCUGUUGAUAGAUGGUGCCGUUGAGAUCUUUGAGGAGUUGAUUGUUCAGGUGGAGCUCCAGAGGCACAUGCCUCCCCCAUCUGAUGGGGGUGUGCCGCGCUUAGUUACCUUUGUUGUCGAGUACUGCAACCGGCUGCUUGGUGAUCAAUACAGACCGGUGCUUGGGCAGGUGCUCACCAUCCAUCGCAGCUGGCGCAAAGAGGUGUUCAAUGACAGGAUGCUUGUUGACGCAGUGCUUAAUAUUGUCAAGGCCCUCGAAGCUAACUUUGAUGUUUGGUCCAAGGCGUAUGACAAUGCUAUGCUGUCGUAUCUCUUCAUGAUGAACACACAUUGGCAUUUCUUUAGGCAUUUGAAGGCUACCAAGCUAGGUGAGAUCUUGGGUGAUGUGUGGCUGCGAGAGCAUGAACAAUACAAGGAAUACUAUUUGUCGAUGUUUAUCAGGGAGAGCUGGGGAGCACUUUCCCCACUACUGAACCGGGAGGGAUUAAUAUUGUUCUCGAAGGGCCGAGCCACAGCAAGGGACCUGGUGAAGCAGCGCCUCAAAACAUUCAAUUCAAGCUUUGAUGAGAUGUAUUGCAGGCAAUCAUCGUGGAUUAUACCGGACAAGGAUCUGCGGGAGAAGACGUGUAAUCUUGUGGUACAGACAAUCGUUCCUACUUACCGGAGCUACUUGCAGAACUAUGGGCCACUUGUGGAGCAAGAGGGAAAUACUGGCAGGUAUGUAAGGUUCACUGUCGAUGGUAUGGAGAAGAUGCUCAGUGCGCUCUACAUGCCCCGUCCCAGGAGGUCUGCAAGCAUCCAAAUCAGGCACUCGAGUAGCAAGAUUGACAGUGCGAUGACUGGGUUGCAUCGGAGUGCUUCUGCAGUGAAAUAGCUUCUGUUGAAGAACCCAAAGAUUGGAUCCAGUAUUAUGCAGUGACUGGUAUGCGGUAAAUGAUUCAUUUGAACCGGUCAGUGAAGAGUCCCCCGCCGGAUAGGCAGCCCAAUAAUGGACCAAUGAUGAUAGCAGUGGUGGCAUAUGAACAUAAACUCCUCUUUAGUUAGCAUGAGAAGAGAAGAUGGCGUGAUCGUUCCUCCGCUCCUAUUUGAGAUGUUACUUCCUCCUGGGCUAUCUUCUCUUGUUUUUGUACUUCUAGUGUCCCCAGACACCAUAUCAUUCAUUUGGAGGAUAUUCAAUCAGCUGUGUAGUGUAUGUAAAAUCUGUUGUAUUUUGAGCUCAUUAUAUGUAGUGGAUUAUAUGGAAACAUAAUUCAAUUUCAAGGAACUGGGAAUCUUGGUUGCUA